AUGACGAAAGCAUUCAUGCAAUCAACUGACAAAAACAUGCAGGAGAUGAACAGACUCAACUCCCAAACAAUACAAGAGCUGAAGAACUCCACCAUACCAAAUAGUAGAGACAUACAAGAGCUUAAGAAUUCCACUAUGGAGUUAAAAGGUUUCUCCCAAGUCAACACUCAAGCUAUUACCAAGAUGGAAGGGCAAAUUGGCCAACUAGCCAAUCAAGUGGGGGAAAGAGAAAGAAGAAUGUUCCCAAGUCAACCUGUGCCUAACCCAAAAGGGCAAUUUGUUAUUGGAAAUUCUUCCACCUCUACUCAUGGACAGGAGCAUUUGCAAGCCAUCACCAUUUUGAGGUCAGGCAAACAAAUGGAUAAUCAAAUGGUCAUGCCUAAAGAGGCAACUGGAGCUACAAAUGAGAAGGAAAGCAUGGACAAGCCUGCAGGAGAUGCUAGAUCCGACACUGCCAUUCCGAUUACUGUGGAUCAGCCCAGAAAGUACGUUCCCAAAGCUUCCUAUCCAGAGAGACUGAUGGCGUCAAAGAAAAGCUCGAAGUUUGAUGACAUUUUGGAAGUGUUCAAGCAAAUGCCUGUCAAGUAUAAGGCCCCUAGAUGUCCUACCAUUGAUUGCAAGAUUGGUGACAACCGAGUUGAAAAAGCUCUGUUGGAUUUGGGGGCUAGUGUAAAUCUCCUGCCAUAUUCAGUAUAUGUUUAG